AACAACAACACUCAAAUUCCUUCCUUAAAGGAAGAAAUACAGUUCCCACCCCGAGGUUUUUGAAAUGGGUUCAAGGCUCAAGCUGUCGGGGUGAAAGCCCUCAACCAGCUCUACAAGUGUCCAUAACUAUCUUUACAAUUCAGUGAGCUGUUGGCCAACUCUGGAGUUGCUCUUAUGCCAGGGGAGAUCAUAUCUGCUUCUGGAUUUCAUACCAAGUUCUGCGCUUAAUGAAUAAUCUUAUGCAUGAUCAGACAUUUUUGCCAAAGUCUUGCCAACCUUUUGAAUAAGCAGAUGAAAACCGUUUUAGUUCUCCCAGCCGAAAGAUUUUAUUGGGGUCUAAUCUGCAGUGUCAUCAUUUUUGGCGUGUACAGAUAAUGACUAGAAUGAGUGUAGUUGGAAGAAGAAGCCUUCAUAAAACUGCGGCCCGCCAGCAUGCACAUACCUGUUCUAGACUUUGCCUUUUAACCAUGAACAGAAGUAGCACAGGUCUGAUUGAAUUGAAAUGUAAAGAAAGAAUGAGAGUCAAUUUCCAAUUAUAGUAAAAAAAAUUAAUAAAUAAUUUUAAAAGCCUGACUAAAGGCUAGGUCUGUUAGAGUGCACACACUAAAUUGGCAUACCUUUAGGUGGAUGGUUUUAGCCAGUUCUGCUGUUUUUUAUAAUUUGUAACCUCCAUGUGAAAUUGGGGUAUUUGUACAGUACUGCACACUGUAGUCUUGAGCCCAGAUGUUCUGUCGGUGAAGUAUCUGGAAAGAGUCGUUUCAGUGGGUGAUACUGGCAAACGCCAAAAAUCUGAUGUUCUUUAGCGUUAGUGUAGUUGGCUUGGACCUCUGCAUCCCAGUUGCCCAAUGUACAUGAAAUCACAAUUCAUCAAAGAAGUAAAGGACCAUUGGUUUACUAGUAAAGAACAUCCCUGGAGGUUUGGGUGGAUUUAACUCGCAUCGGUGUCAAUGUGGUCAAAUUCAUAGUGCCGUGAAGUUAUACGAAAAAUAUGACUUACAGUGCUUCCAUAUUUACAAGGUAUUUUUGUUAUGUUGGGGUCAAAACUGUUUUCUGCGCGCCAUCACAUCUGUUUAAGAGGAUUGGCAGUUCCCUCAUGACAUCUUAUCGCCUUUGGGACCGAAGAAAGAUUAGAUUGGAUUCAAUUUAGUGAAAUCAGUUCAAUAAUUUCGGAGAAUGCGUAGGCUAGCUUUAAUUUUACAGGCAAAUAGCCUACCUCCGUAGGUAUAGCAUGUCGCACUAGCCCUAUGUAGCUAGUAAAAGGGACAGGAUUCGCGAGCCAUUAUUGUGUGCCUCUGUGUACAUCUAUACACCCAGUAGGCUGAAUAUCAAAUGUGGUAUACUAGCAUUCGUAUUGGGUGUGUAGUUUUGCCCAUACAGUCAAGCUACGCCCUCUUCUCGACGCGUAUUUAGCUCGUUGGACUGUGUACUACCAGAUCAGAUCAGUCGGACUCCACCGCAGGCUUUUGUCUUCUGGAGGUAAGCGAGCGCGGAAUCAGCGAGGAUGAUGUCUGGCCCGGCCCCUGGCCCCCUGCUCACGGUGACGUCUGGACCGGCCCCUGGCCCCCUGCUCACAGUGACGCCCUCCCGGGCUCUGGUGGAUGAGAAGUUUGAGGUUGUGGUUCGGCAGCUGCGGUCGGGACAGGGGGUCACUCUCCACGCCCUGCACCAGUCUGAGGACGGGGACUUCUGGGAGGCGUUCGGACACUACGUCAGCGACGCGCAGGGAACCGUCACAGCUGCAGAGCAUGCCAGUGUGGGAGGCUCGUACCUGGGCAUCGAGCCCAUGGGGCUGCUCUGGAGCAUGAGGCCGGUACCUGGGAGCAGACCCGGACUCAGGUUGAGGAAGAGGGACGUCUGCUCUCCGAUGCUGGUCCACCUGUCCGUGCACAGAGGCCACGUCAGCCAGGGCUUUCGGGAGGCCACGCCCCUGGCCUGCGCUGUCGCCGAGCGCUGGUAUCUGGCCCCCGGCGUGCGCAGGGUGGAAGCCAAUCAGAACGGAGUCAAAGGGACCUUCUUCCUGCCACCAGGCCCUGGACCCUUCCCUGGUGUUCUGGACAUGUGGGGAGGAGGGGGCGGUCUGGUGGAGUAUCGCUCUGCCCUCCUGGCGUCACAUGGCUUUGUCUCCCUGGCGAUGGAGUACCUUCCUCUCAACAAACAUCUUGGCACACCUGGUGCUCUUACAAUCAGUUAUUUUGAGACGGCCUUCAGAAUUGUGCAGGAGCACCCCCUGGUGGCCACUGACCGCGUUGCGCUGUUUGGCCUGUCUCUCGGUGCCACGGUGUCCAUAGCUUUGGCCUCGUACUCCAGAGUAGCACGGCCGGUGUGUUGCGUGUGCGUCAAUGGAGGCCACAUCCAGCCUCCUGAUGCGUCUGUGGAAGACGCAGUUGAUGAGAUAAGCAGACGCGCUGCGAAGAUCGAGGUCGAUGAGAACAAUCAUUUGAUUUGGAGGAAACUUAUUUUACCGAUCCCUGAAGACCCGUCGCGGAUAAUGCAUGUUGAGAAGAUCACGUGCCCGAUGAUGCUCGUCGUCGGACUGGACGAUCAGAACUGGGCCGCGCCAGAGUGCGCGCAGGAUAUGGAGAGGAUUAUGAAGGACGCAGGAAAGGCUGACCUGCUGACCGUCCUGUCGUACCCUGAGACAGGGCACCUCAUCGAGCCGCCCUACACACCCCACUUCCGCUCCAGCAACUUCAUCGUUCAGCACACCCGGGAGAAAGUGAUCUUGCUGUGGGGGGGGCAGCCCAAACCACACGCUGAUGCGCAGGAGGACUCCUGGAGGAAGAUCCUGCAGUUUCUGCAGCUGCAUCUGCAUCAGAGGCACGGCGCAGUCACGCAGUCAAAGCUCUGACAUCACACCUUCACACAGCCUCUGACAUCACACAUUCACACAGUCGCUGACAUCACACAGCCUCUGACAUCACACAUUCACACAGUCGCUGACAUCACACAGCCUCUGACAUCACACAUUCACACAGCUUCUCCUUUUCGGGAGAAUUAAAGGUAAUGGCAAGUUGAUUAAAAAAAAAAAAAAAAAAAA